AUGUCCGUGCAAGCAUCGGACUUCUCUAUCCUCGUCAUCGCGCUCGUCACACUCCUUACCAUAACCCGGACGACAUAUAUGCCAAACGCCUCGACAUGGCGUAAGGUCGCAAUCUGCGUCUCCGUAUGGGUGAUUCCCUUCAUCACCGCGACGAUAGCAACUUCCAUGGGCAAGAUGGGCCCCGUGAGCGGCAACUGGUGCUGGAUUAUGAGCUCUCAGACGGGCCUUCGGUAUGCACUGACGCACGGGUGGAGAAUUGCCAUCAUCUUCUUUACCGCCGGGAUCUACAUCUUCGUGUGGUGGUACAUGAACCGGCACUUCCGCUCGAUGGUCAGCACCACUAUCACUGACCUGAGCGGCGCGACGGAGCGCUCCCGGCGCCGGCGGAAGGGAUUUAACAAAAUGGACAACGGCCAGGACGACGAGCAGCAAGACACGGAGCUGUCGACAGUCAGCAAGUCGAGGAUAUCGAGGGUGCUGGAGGACCAAUGGGAGAUGUCAGCCCCCGAAGCAGCCUACGUGAGGACCAAUGAAGACGAUAUGCACGAUGAGUUCGCGUCCGGGGACCGCAAGAGAGCACGACGCAGCAGGGCCAGCUCGAUGUGCUCCGUGUCCGACUCGGAUGUCGACUACAACGACAUCCACGACCAGAUCAUCGAGGAGGAGACGGGCCACCGGCCACCGACGAUGAAGACGACUGCGAACCGCAAGGCACCACCACCGGCGCUCAGCGGGAGCAAAUUCGACGCCAUGGUCACGACCGACAGCGAGUUCCCACAGCGGCGGCAAACGCGGCAGAUGGAGCGUGAGAUCAAGCGCAUGCUGUUGCUCAACGCGUACCCGAUCAUGUACGUGAUCCUGUGGAUCCCCGGGCUGGUCAACCGCUUCAUGGAGGCGACGGGCAACACGUCGCAGAGCAGGGUGCUGGCGGCGCUGCAGUCGAGCAGUCAAUUUGUCGGGCUGGCGAACGCGCUGACGUACGGGUUUAAUACGGCGCUCAGAAAGAAGAUCAAGGUAUGGUGGCGGAGGAAGGGGAGGAAGGGGAGGUCCGGCAGGAGACGGAGUGGGGCUUGA